UGCCUCACACUGCACGGGCAGGCAGGGACAAGGGUUGAUUGGUCCUGACGUGUUCUAGGCCUUAUGCUGCCCAGAACUGUCACUUUUCCCUCCUGCACUCUCUCGCCCAGGGGACCCGAAAUCCACAAACCACGUACGGAUAUGGAUGCUCAGGACGGAUACGUUCAUGUUCUUCCCUGUUCUGCCCUGAACGCGGGUAACUUUAUUAUCGUCCCAUUCCAUUGUCUCACUAUCAGUCGUAGUUGCCUUACGUCGAACAGUGACAAGGUACCAAAAUAAAUUCUUUUUUUUUCC